AUGUGUAGAAGUGAGCAAUUUAGCCGCAAGUUGGAAGAAACAACAAAAAGUCUCAAGAAGAUGGCUAACGAAUUAGAAGUCGAAAAACAAAAAACUGACGAGCUUCUUUGUGAAUUGAUGCCAGCCUCUAUCGCUGAUGCCCUCCGACAAGGAAGAAUGGUGGAAGCAAGUGACUUCGCCGACUGCACGCUACUUUUCACGGAUAUUGUGACUUUCACAAAUAUUUGCGCCAAAUGUACUCCUUACGAUGUGGUUACACUGCUCAAUGACUUGUAUUUGAGAUUCGAUCGAUUGAUUGGACUUCAUGACGUAUAUAAAGUGGAAACUAUUGGCGAUGCGUAUAUG